UGUACAGUCGCAGUGAGCGUUGUACUUGUCAUUCUGAUUGUUGCUGUUGUUGUUCUGGCAGUGCAGUUACUUAAAGCACAGCCCCAGUUCAUGGCCUGGUGCCCAGACGGCUGGGUCGGAUACCGAGGGAAAUGCUACUAUUUCUCCGAGGCUGAAGAGAACUGGAACAACAGCCAGAGCAACUGCUCUACACUUGGCGCUUCCCUGGCUGUGAUUGACAGCAAGCAGGACCUGGAUUUCAUGAUGCGAUACAAAGGCAUCUCCGAGCACUGGAUUGGCCUCUGGAGAGAGCAGGAGAGACAGCCCUGGAAAUGGGUGAAUGGCUCUGAUUUCAACAGCUCGUUCCCGAUAGGAGGAGGAGGUAACUGCGUGUACCUGAAUGACAACGGCGUCAGCGCUUCAAGGUGCAUCACCAAGAGAAACUGGGUCUGCAGCAAACCUGAUGCGUAUACAAGCCAGAAAAACACGACGCAGAGGAUAAGGAGCUGA